CUUGAAGCAUAUUGUGACGUCAUGACGUCAUGACACCGGAAAAAGAAACAGUAUGGCAAAACUGAUUUUCUUUGUUAUUUUCCUGGUUUAUGGACUGCCUAACAUCUUUGCAAGGCGCAAUUCAAGAGAAGACUUAUAUAAUGAAUGGCCAGGAUACGGACUACAGCAAAAUCUUCUACGACAUACACGCACAGCCAAUGGUAUAUCUUCGGCAGGUCCAAAGAAGCCAACGACUGGUACAUCUUCGGCAGGUCCAAAGCAGCCAACGACUGGUCCAUCUGAAAAAAUCAAAUCGCAAGUUUUACAGCUGCUCAACUCUAAGGCGGAUGGAAAAUCUGAGAUAAAAGCGAUCGAACCUAUAGAGUUUAAAAAGGGGGCAAUCACGAAAGGAAUCCCAACAAUACCACGUUCUACUGGGAAGAAGAGUAAGGUAGUAAUAACUAAGAAUGGUCAGACAAGCAAGAAAAAUAAAACACUGACAUCCCUACAAACGGAGAUUAAAAAACUACAAAAGAAAAUAACCCCGAAACCCAAAUCAACCACUGUUUCUCAAAAGGCAACGGUAACUAAUGUAGUAAAAUCAAAGAAUCCAAAGUCAAAAGCAACUUCAACCAAGAUAAAAAAGAAAGAAGUGAAGAAAUCGAAAAAAAUUAUAAACAAACCCACCAAAGCAACAUCUAAGUCAGGCACAAAGAAAGUGACUAAAGCUAAUUCAAAGAAGACCAAGAAAGGAAGUAAAAAGAAGUCAAGCAAAAAGAAUGUGACUAAAGCUAAGUCAAAAAAGAAUGGUAAAGUAACAAAGACAGAGAAGAUAAAGGAAGACACUAAAUAUAAGUCUGGGAAAGAGAAGAUUAAAACUAAGACUAUAACAAACGUACUUAGUAAUGGAACAAAGAAAAAGAAUGAUACAAAAAAAGGAAUUAAGAAUGAUCCAAAGAAAAAGAAAGUGAAUGUAAAGAUAAACCUUAAAACUGCAGCUAAGAAACUCAUUGUUAAACCAAUCAAGAUAAAAUUAAAACAACCAGCAAUAAAGAAUGUUAUUGCUAAGUUAAAAAAAGUUAAAAAGAUAGAAACCAAAAAACUUCUUAAAAAGCUUGAGAAAGUGAAAGUAGCUGAAACCAGUAAACUCGAUUUGAAGAUUGGAAAAAUAAAGGAAACUCAAUCUAAGAAAAUAAAAGAUGAGCCGAAGAAGAUACAAAAGGUUGAAACUAAGAAACUUAACAAUCUGCUUGAUAAAAUGAAAAAAGUUGAAAAAGUGAAACUAGCCGACAAGCUUAAGACAAUAAAACAUGAUGAAACAAAGAAACUAAAUGUUAAGCUCGAAAAAAUAAAACAACUUAAAACAAAGGAACUCAAAGCUGAUAGUCAGAAGGUACAAAAGAUUGAAGCAAAGAAUAUUAAAACAGAGCUAAAGAAAGUGAAAAACGCUGAAAUAAAGAAACUCGAUACCAAACUUGAAAGCAUAAAACAGGCUAAAACAGAGAAUCUUAAGGCAAAACUUGAGAAGGUAAAAGAGGCUAAAAUAUCAGUUAUCAAAACUAAACCUAAGAAAAAGCAACAGGCUAAAAUAAAUAAACUCAACACUAAGUUGGAGAAAAUGAAAGAGGUUGGGAAAAAUAAAAUAAAUGCAGAACUUAAACAAAUCAAGCAGGCGAAGAAAAAUGAAAUCGUUGCAAAGGUAGAGAAAAUUAAACAGGCUAAAAUAGAGAAAAUCGAAGCUAUACCUAAGAAGAUAGAGGAGACACAAGCAAAGAUUAUCAAAGCUAAGCUACAGGAAAUGAAACAGGAAGAAACAAAGAAACUCGAUAACAAACUGAAGCAAAUUGAACAAGUCAAAACAAAGUCCCUCAAUGCAAAGAUUAAUAACAUAAAACAGAAGGAGACAAGUAAUAUCAAGACGGAACCAAAAGACAAACAACAGACUAAAAUAAACAAACUCAAUACUAAGCUUAAAGAAAUAAAACAGGUGGAAAAAAAGAAAAUUGUUGCUAAGCUUAAUGAAAUAAAACAGGCCAAAAAAAGUGAAAUCAAGGUAGAGCUUAAGGAAAUAAAGAAGGCUGCAAAGAAACUCGACACCAAGCUUGAGAAAACAAAACAGGUUGAAACAAAGAAACUAACUGCUAAGAUUAAACACAUAAAACAGGAAAAAAUGAAUGACGUCAAGGAAAAACUUAAGAAAGUAGUACAGGUUGCGAAAAUAAAAAUAAAAUCAGAACCCAAGAAAGUACAGGCAGUUAAAAGAAAAGAACUGAAGGCUAAAGUUAAGAAAUUGAAAAAAGCAGAAACAAAGAAAGUCAAGGAUAAGAUUGUAAAGAUCAAGAAAGCUGAAACAAAGAAAAUCAAAGCUAAGCUAGAGAAGAUAAAAGAAGUUGGAACAAAGAAAAUCGAGAAGAAAUUGAAGAAAAUGGAAAGUAAACCAAUUGUUAUUACCACCCCAACUGUUACGGCAGUUCAGAAAGUCAAACUCGUUAAGAAAAUAAAACAAGCUAAAGAGAAUCUCAAAACUGAGCUCAAGAAAGAAAAGAAGGUUGAAACAAAGGACCUAACUGCUAAGCUUAAAAACAUAAAACAGGAUAAAAUGGAAAAAGUCAAGGAAAAACUUGAGAAGGUAAAACAGGUUGCAAUUAAAAAAAUCAGUACAAAACCUAAGAAAGUGCAAGCAGUCAAAAAAAUCGAACUUAAGGCUAAACUGAAGGAAUUAAAGAAAGUUGAAACAAAGAAAGUGAAAGAAAAGAUUAAGGAGAUCAAGAAAGUUGAAACAAAGAAAAUCAAAGCUAAUCUAGAUAAACUAAAAAAGGUUGAAACAAAGAAAAUCAAGAAAAUGGUGAAGGAAAUGAAAAAAUCCCCUAUCGUUAUAAGUAAAGCUAUUACAGGAGAAAAGAUAAAGUCCUUGACAACUCAGCCAAUUAAAUCAGUGCAACUUAAUUCGAAAGCAAAGGAUCUAAAAUCAGACAUCCAGGCAAUACUUAAAGGAAAGACAUCGGACAUCAUUUCACCAACGACAUCAAAACUCGAUAAAGCAAUGAAUCUGUCAACAGAAAUUGGGAAAAUUAAACAUCCAAAAUCAGAAAUUCUCAAAGAAGAGUUAAAUAAAUUGAAACAAGAAGUUAAAACAAAGGAACUAAAAAAUAAGCUAGAUCGAAUACAAGAAGUUAAAAGCAAAAAAAUCGAGACCAAACUUGAGAAGUUGAAACAGGUUAAAACAAAAAAACUCAAAACUGAACUUAAAAAGAUGAAACAGGCUGAAACAAAGUUACUCAAAAAUAAGAUUAAGGAAUUGGGACAGGCAAAAACAAUGAAACUCAAAGCUAAGAUUGAGAAGAUGGAAAAGCAAAAAACAAAGAAACUCAAAACAAAGCUUAAGAAGUUGGAAAAGGAUAAAAUGAAGAAACUAAAAGUUGCAGUAAAGAAAUUAGAGAAGGCUACCGAAAAGAAACUCAAAGCUGCGGCGGAGAAAAUAAAAAAAGCUAACGAAAAGACACUCAAAGCAGAACUUAAGAGAAAGCAAGCUACUGAGCAAAUAAACAAUAAGACCAACAUUCAAGAAAAGAGUGCAUUAAAUAAGAUGAUGAAAAUGAUUAAAACAUUGAAAAGUGAGCAAAAGAAAAUUGACGCACAACCACUAAAUGGCACAAAAGUAAUAUCUGAAAUUAAAGAAAAACAAGGUAAUAUUACGAAGACAAUCAACAAAGAAAAAAAGAAACCUACGAAGAAAGGAGUGGUUAAAAUUGUAACGAAAAUUGUGAAAGGUAAAGCAUUGAAAAAAGAUGCUAUAAUAGGACAAAUAUUGGAACCAACAUCAAAUUCAAAGACAACCAAAAGUGUUAAUAAGGCAAUACUUAAAAAUAUGUUUGGAGGAAAAGCAAGUUCUGACAAGAAAAAACCUAAACAGAAAGCAGCGGAAAAAUUGUUGAAGAAACUCGUGAUAGCAGAAGUUAAGAAGGAGAAUGUGCUUGGAAAAAAAAUAAAGCCUAGUGCGAAAAAACAACUUUUGAAAGCAAUAAUUAAGGACGUGAAAAAGAUUGUUAAAGGGAAAGCACUGGAGAAAAAAACGACAACAGAAAUACUUAAGUCUAUACAAAAUAAGACACCUUUACAAAAGGAAAUUAUGAAGAAUGUAAAAAAGAUUGUUAAAGGGAACGAACUGAAACAAAUCAAAAUUGCAGGAAAAGCUGCCUCGAAAAAGGAGACACUUCUAAAUAUGUUUGGGGGCAAAUCAAAUUCUGACAAGAAAAAACCUAAACAGAAAGCAGCAGAAAAAUUGUUGAAGAAACUCGUUAUAGCAGAAGUCAAGAAGGAGAAGGUGUUUGGAAAAAAAACCAAGGCUAGUGCUAAAAAACAACUUAUGAAAGCAAUAAUUAAGGACGUGAAAAAGAUUGUUAAAGGGAAAGAACUGAAGAAAAAAACAACUACAGAAAUACUUAAUUCAAUAAAAAAUAAGACACCUUUACAGAAAGAAAUUAUGAAGGAUGUAAAAAAGAUUGUUAAAGGAAACGCACUGAAACAAAAUAAAUCUGCAGGAAAACCUGUCUCGAAAAAGAAGACACUUAAGAAUUUGUUUGGGAAGGAAUCAAAUUCUGACAAGAAAAAACCUAAACAGAAGGCAGCGGAAAAAUUGGUGAAGAAACUCGUCAUAGCAGAAGUCAAGAAGGAGAAGGUGUUUCAAAAGACAACGCCUAGUGAGAAAAAACAACUUAUGAAAGCAAUACUUAAGGACGUGACAAAGAUUGUUAAAGGGAAAGAACUGAAGAAAAAAACAACUACAGAAAUACUUAAGUCGAUAAAAAAGAACACACCUUUACAUAAAAAAAUUAUGAAGGAUGUAAAAAAAAUUGUAAAAGGAAACGCACUGAAACAAAAUGUACUUACAGGAAAACCUGUCUCGAAAAAGACGGCGAUUCAAAAUUUGUUUGGGGGAAAAUCAAGUUCUGACAAGAAAAAGCCUAAACAGAAAGCAGCGGAAAAAUUGGUGAAGAAACUUGUAAAAGCAGAAAUCAAGAAGGAGAAGGUGUUUCAAAAGACAAAGCCAAGUGAGAAAAAACAACUUAUGAAAGCAAUACUAAAGGACGUGACAAAGAUUGUAAAAGGGAAAGACCUAAAGAAAAAAACAACUACAGAAAUACUAAAGUCUAUAAAAAAGAACACACCUUUACAUAAAAAAAUUAUGAAGGAUGUAAAAAAGAUUGUUAAAGGAAACGCACUGAAACAAAAUAUACUUGCAGGAAAACCUAUCUCGAUAAAGAAGACACUUAAAAAUUUGUUUGGAGGGAAAUCAAGUUCAGACAAGAAAAAACCUAAACAAAAAGCAGCGGAAAAAUUGGUGAAGAAACUUGUAAAAGCAGAAAUCAAGAAGGAGAAGGUGUUUCAAAAGACAAAGCCUAGUGAGAAAAAACAACUUAUGAAAGCAAUACUAAAGGACGUGACAAAGAUUGUAAAAGGGAAAGACCUAAAGAAAAAAACAACUACAGAAAUACUAAAGUCUAUAAAAAAGAACACACCUUUACAUAAAAAAAUUAUGAAGGAUGUAAAAAAGAUUGUUACAGGAAACGCACAGAAACAAAAUAUACUAGCAGGAAAACCUAUCUCGAAAAAGACGACACUUAAAAAUUUGUUUGGGGAGGAAUCAAAUUCUGACAAGAAAAAACCUAAACAGAAAGCAGCUGAAAAAUUGGUGAAGAAACUCGUCAUAGCAGAAGUCAAGAAGGAGAAGGUGUUUCAAAAUACAAAGCCUAGCGAGAAAAAACAACUUAUGAAAGCAAUACUUAAGGACGUGACAAAGAUUGUUAAAGGGAAAGCACUGAAGAAAAAAACAACUACAGAAAUACUGAAGUCGAUAAAAAAGAGCACACCUUUACAUAAAAAAAUCAUGAAGGAUGUAAAAAAGAUUGUUAAAGGAAACGCACAAAAACAAAAUAUACUUGCAGGAAAACCUGUUUCGAAAAAACAAGCAAAACCUGUCUCGAAAAAACAGACACUUCAAAAUAUGUUUGGGGUAAAAUCAAAUUCUGACAAGAAAAAACCUAAACAGAAAGCAGCGGAAAAAUUGUUGAAGAAACUGGUAAUAGCAGAAGUCAAGAAGGAGAAGGUGUUUGGAAAAAAGACAAAGCCUAGUGAGAAAAAACAACUUAUGAAAGCUAUAAUUAAGGAUGUAAAAAAGAUUGUUAAAGGGAAAGCACUGAAGAAAAAAACAACUACAGAAAUACUUAAAUCUAUCAAAAAUAAGACACCUUUACAGAAAGAAAUUAUGAAGGAUGUGAAAAAGAUUGUUAAAGGAGACGCACUGAAACAAAAUAAACUUGCAGAAAAACCUGGUUUGAAAAAGAAGACAACUUUAAAUAAAGCAAUUUUGAAGGAUGUGAAAAAAUUUGUUAAGGGAUCAGCCCUGAAACAAAAUAAAGUUGCAGGAAUACUUGGCUCAAAAAAGAAAACACCUUUAAAUAAAGCAAUUUUGAAUGAUGUGAAAAAAUUUGUGAAGGGAAAAGCACUGAAACAAAAUAAACUUGCAGGAAUACUUGGCUCGAAAAAGAAAACACCCUUAAAGAUAGCAAUUUUGAAGGAUGUGAAAAAAUUUGUGAAGGGUGGAGCACUGAAACAAAAUAAAAUUGCAGGAAUACUUGGCUUGAAAAAGAAGACGCCUAUACAUAAAGCAAUUGUGAAGGAUGUGAAAAAAAUGGUGAAAGGAAAAGCACUGAAAAAAAAUAAACUUACUAAAAUGUUUGACUCUAAAAAGAAGAGACCUUUACAUAAAGUAAUUAUGAAGGAUGUGAAAAAAAUGGUUAAGCAAAAAGCAUUGAAGAAAAAUGGGACAAAACCAAAAGUAAAAAGCGGGGGGAAAAACGACACACUAAGUGUUCUUAAAAAACUUAUUGCAAAGAAACCAGCCGAAAUAACAGCCAAUAAUACUGCAAACACAACGGCAAACGCAAUUAUUAAAAAAGCGACCGGAACAAUACUGGAAAAGGGAUUUCAAGUCAAGAAAGAAGCCAAUUUAAUCAAAUCGAAAAUUGAAAAGAUGCUAUAUCGCGCAAAUACGAUGAAAAAAGGUGCUUCACCAAAAUUAGCGUUAAAAAUAGAAAAAAUGGCUGAUACAAUAAAGAAUCAGGUAGACGAAAUAGUAACAGAAAAAAAUAAGGAGAACAGUGUCUCGAUGGACGGUUUAUAUGGUGCUAACUCUCCUAUGUACUCAAAUCUGAUGCAUCUGGAAGUUGAUCUCCUAAAACUUUUAGAUUACAUGGAGCAUUCACAAGUGAAAAUGGGCGACACGUUUCAGUCAAAAGAAUUGAAAAAAGAAUUGAAAAGUGCAACUUCAAACGAUGUGAACGUGUUCAAUAAACAACUUGGCACAGUCAUGAAAAAGAUGCAAGGAAUUGAUAAAAAGAUAAAGGAGGAACACAAAAACAUUAUUGGAUAAUAAAUUAAUCUUUUUGGUAAUAUAAGUCAGAUAUAUAUGGGUUUAUUAACUAUUGUUUUAUUAGGAUAAACAUUUAUUUAUUUA